CAAAACUUUGACCUUCAGGUGCAAGUUCCUUUGUCGUUUGGUGGUCUUCACACUUUUGUAUUAUGGAGCACAGCACAGACAGUCAGGGUGAAGAAUCUAGUUAUCAAGAACCUUCGUAUUAUGAGGGUCUAGAUGGUUCUUUGCAAGAUCAUGAUGCAGACUAUCAAGCGGGUGAUAUCGAACAAAGAUCACCACUUCGUGAGCAAGACCGUUUUCUGCCAAUAGCUAAUGUUGCUAAAAUAAUGAAAAGAGCAGUACCUGGGAAUGGAAAAAUUGCUAAAGAUGCUAAAGAAUGUGUGCAAGAAUGUGUAUCAGAGUUUAUCAGUUUCAUCACUAGCGAAGCUGCUGAUAAGUGUCAAACUGAAAAGCGUAAAACUAUUAACGGUGAAGACAUUCUGUGUGCUAUGAAUACACUUGGCUUCGAUAAUUACAUUGAACCACUUAGAGCGUUUCUAGUCAAGUUUCGUGAAAUUAGCAAACUUGAGUCUUCAUUCAUUGAUGAAUCAUCUGUUCCCACCACAAUGUCUACCGUCCCCUCAGCGGUUGGUUCGGCUGUGAUCUUGAGUCCAACACUAUUAUCAACUGGCCCCAGUGGUUUAACCAACAUACCUUCACGAUCCCUGGCUGGCAGACAGUAUGCUGUAGUUAACGGCUCAAAUGAUAUACAAAACAAUAAUGUUCAUUCCGUAUCGACUCCAGAUAUCAAAGUAGCAAAUGCAGGAAUGACUACCCUAGGUACCCCUGUGUCUUCUUCUUUAGGGACUACAAUUAUUUUGCCAAUAUCAACUCCUGUAAGUCUGAGCAUGGAUUUAAAGUGCUUCCAUACCCCGAAUGUCUUUUACUGUUGAGUGAUUUAUUUUUUUAAAAUAAUUGAUAUUAGUUACACAGUACUUUUUCAUAACUGUUUAUCCGUAAUAAUUUGUUCAUUUGUUUAUCAUUAUUAACUUAUUUGCCAGGUACAGGAUUAUGCACUCUGCUUUGAGUUGUACUAAGUUUCAUGGUUAAUGAUAUUUUCCAGUCUCUCAUGCUGAAAUAGGUGGACGGAUUCCUAAGCCUGCAACCUAAUGACAAGAAACCGAACACCUUAAGCAAUGAGCGACCAUCCCACCGUGUAUUUGUGUUGUACUAGUUACAUGUGUAUGAGAUAAUAGAAUACCGCACUCUUUAAAACGAGAUGUACAUUACAAGCGAUAUUCCGCAUUUAUCAAAUACUACCUAGAUGAUAUUUAAGUAAGUAGUUUUUUAAACUAUGCAGAAUAGCUUGUUCAAAGUACUUAUCACCCAGUGAUUCUCGUUCCCCGUAUGGGUAUAUGUGCAGUUAAGUAGCGUAAUGUUGUACAUAAUUAUCCAUCAAUAUGUUCAGAUUAGUUAUAGCAAGCUUUGGAAUCAGUAAGGAUAGCCGUAGAAUAAGUCACGAGACUUCACUAUCAAGAAUCACCUCAGGAAGAUGUUAUUUAUCUCCUGCAAUCACAGGACUGUGAUUCUAAGUAUAUUUUGCAUCAACAUAACCUUACGAGAACUAUAGCUCUCCCUUUUCAAUCCGAUUUCUCAGUUAUUCUUUGCCCUCAACCAUUUUCUUGAAAAAAUGUUAUCCUUAAUUAAAAUCACAGUUGUUUCACGUGUUAUAUUCUCAAUACUCAACUGGCUAUCCGUAAUCUUCUCUUUGUACUAAUUGCUUGUUGUUUAAUUAGUAUUUUCGCCAGUGACCACUUCGUUGUAUAUGUUUAUGUUCAUUCAAUUUCCUAGUUGGCCUUCGUUAGUGGGCCUCAAACGUCAGUCUCGCUGGCCGACCAAUCGACGGAUUCAGUUUCUUGAUUCUACGAUAAGUUCCGUUGAACGCACACUUGUAGUUUCUCAAUGUACGUGUUUAUCUACUUGCUUCCUCUGUUUAUCUUGUCAAAUAUAUUUAUACAUACGAAUGCUUAAUCAUUUGAUUAUUUCCUUGUAUCAUGUAUUCUCACUUAGAAAUUGACUUUUCCAACUGAUAAUCGUAAUGCAAACAACAGAUCUUAAGUUUGUUUUCCCUGUUCAUAAACGCUAUUAAUCUUCAUUUUUCUACUUUUCAAUCUAAUUUUAAGGUGGAAAUAAGAUCAAUAAAUCUACAUUUUCUUUUCGUAUAUAUAUAAUCCUAUCUAGAAUUGUAUUGUCUUCAAGUUCCUGUUUACUACAUAUAUUAUUAUCAUAGUAAAAUUGUAUUUUUAAUUGCAUCUCCAGUUACCAAUUUUGUUUUAUGAACUGUUAAUUCUCUAUCACUGCUGUGAAAAGCUUUUAUGCUUCCACAUUCUGUUUGUAAUUCAUCCUCAUGUUUCAUAUUUCACUCAUUAUCAAGCGAUCAUACUAUUUUUCUCUCUAUCGUUUAAUAAUACUUUCCUAAGAAUAAACCAAGUUAAGAUGUUUUUCAUUUAUGUAUUAGAAUUUCAUUUUUCAAUUACUGUUUAUUUGUAAUUUAUACUAAACAAUGAUGUUUGUAUACUCGCAGAUUGAUUCUGCUUGGUUUUACUUCAUACAAAAAUUAACGAUUCUGUUAUACCAUG